GUAAUGUGGUUGCUGUGGAAAUUCCUGCUAUAUUUCAAUGAGGAUUAUACCUGCCCCGACAGAGGCAUUUUCCAUUUCAGUGUAGGAUGGUACAGCCAACGACGAGAUAAAUGUUCACCUAACAGAAAUGGUCAUUUUUAUAUGGAAGAACUUACUUCAAACAACAAAGGAAAGGAUACUCCAGCAGAGAAGGAUGUCAGUGUAUAGUCAGGCUCAUGGUUAUGAGGAAGAACUGAUAAAGAAGAAACUUCAGCAGUUUGCUGGUGGAUCCAUCAACCUUACCAAAGAAGACAAUGGCAUUGGAAUACUUACUUUGAACAACCCAAAGUCAAUGAAUGCAUUUACAGGUACUAUGAUGCUGGAACUUCAGGAGAAGGUAACAGAACUGGAAAACUGGAAAGAUGGCAAAGGCCUUAUCAUCUACGGUGCAGGAAACACCUUUUGCUCAGGAUCUGAUUUGAAUGUUGUCAAAGCCAUGUCCAAGUUCCAGGAUGGGAUGAAUAUGUGCAUGUUUAUGCAAAACACCUUAACCAGACUUAUGAGAUUGCCUUUGAUCAGUGUUGCACUAGUCCAAGGAAAAGCUAUUGGAGGAGGAGCAGAACUUACCACGGCAUGUGAUUUCAGAUUGAUGACGCCUGGCAGUGAAAUUCGAUUUGUCCAUAAGCUCAUGGGUCUGGUGCCAGGCUGGGGAGGAGGUGCCCGGCUGGUGAGGAUCGUCGGCAGCAGGGCUGCCCUCCAGCUCCUCAGUGGGGCUACCAGGGUGGACACUGAGAGGGCUUUGCACCUUGGGCUCUCAGAGGAGACACUCUCAUCCUCGGAUGAAGCUGGAGCGUUAGAAGAAGCCCGAGCCUGGCUAAGUCAGUACACAGAAGGUCCAGUCAGCGUGAUUCGGGCUGCAAAAGAGGUGGUGGCAGGGGGAAGAGAGCUACCGCUGGAAGCAGCCCUACGGACAGAGAAGGACAUUUUUGGAACUCUGUGGGGUGGGCCUGCCAACUUGCAGGCACUGGCUAGAAGUCUAAAACAUAAAUGACCGCCAGUGCAUAAGAAAUAUUCCUGACCUUUUUGCAAACAAAGCUUUCGCUAAAGCAGGUGUUUAACUGAAUCAUUUAAGGGCUUCAUCAUUUAAACUGACAUUAACAUUCCAAUCAUUCACAUCAGGCAGACAUAUUUGGUGUGCAACCACAUAGAAAUCCCUUGCAGAUUCUUUGCUGUGCUAAUCAUUCACUGAAUGGAGAUUAGUGAAAUUAGUAUGUAAAGGUAAAUACAGUGCUGAGGAUAGAGCUAUAAUUCUUCUGGAAUGAGGCUGAAGAUUAUUUUCUUCAGAGUUAAUUUUGUUUUUCUAACUGGUAUGGAAAUAAAUUGCUUGAAAGAUACCAGGUGUAUUUAUUUGCAGAACAGGUGCAUCUAAAGUUGCAGAAUAUGAGUUUCUGCACAUGAAACUAGUGUCUUUAAGCAGCUUGGAAGUGAUGGUAACUGCUGAGAGGAUAGCUUUUGUUUUUUUCAUUGUCAGUCAGUUCUUUUUAUAAGUGAUGAGAAAGUAUCCAAGGAUACUUAAAUUUUAAUUAUUUUUACAGGAGAAGCUCUAAGUUACUGAGAAGUUUAUCGCCCUCAUUCACUGACAGUGAUUCAGGUCUUUAAAUGCAUUUAGGUGCCAUCUCACUGUUUGAGGAGCCAGCUACCUACGUCUGCAUCUGCACAUUUGCAUAGCCUCCACCUGUGCUGUUGAGCAGGUACAAAGCUGCCGACCUCAUUCUUUACAGAGAACCCAGCUGGAAUCUUGGAAGCCCAUGAUGUACCAUGCAUCCAAAUGGGAUAUCCUUGACUGACUGGGUGGUCUGAGUACUCUAGCAUUCUGGAAGGAUGUAUAGAUCUGAAUACCUUUUUCUUCAGGGUAUUUUUACUGGUAGAGCAUAUUUGGGCUGACCAGAUUUGGCACUCCACCUCCGAUUCAUGCUGGUGACUGUACAAGUAACUAGAUAACUCAGUGAUUUUAGAAAUCAGAAACUGACACCAAGUCCCUACUUUGGUAGAUGAAUCUCAAAACGAAACAGGAAAGUCCCUCUCUGGAUUUCUUGUAGGCCCCCUUUAGGUACUGGAAGGCUGCUCUAAGGUCUCCCUGGAGUCGUCUCUUCUCCAGCCUGAACAAGCCCAACUCAGCCUGUCUUUAUAGGAGAGGAACUUCAGUCCUCUGAUCAUCUUCACAGCCCUUGUCUGGACUCACUUGAGCAGGUCCACAUCCUUCUCUUCUUGGGGUACACAGAGCUGAAUGUGGUAUUGCAGGUGAGGUCUCAUGAGAGCGGAGUAGGACUUCUACAGUGUGGCAAGGUUCUGCAGUUGCAGACAGCAAGGUCUUGGGGCAGAUCAAUGAUGGAAAUUAGGCCUGAAUUGCCUGUUAAGAUUCUGCAGCUUUUGAGCAGAUGCUCUGCUCUGCUGGGUAUGUUUCAUUAUAUGGCUUUCACAGUGUGGAGUGUGUAUAGCCUGAAGCAACCGAAGAAAUGCUUGGGAAAGGGAUAUAUUUUGAGUUGGCACCUCAGGGAUGGUAAAGCACUUACUCUACACUGUUGAUCCUGUCUGUUUGCCUUCACACCUGAAGCUGUUGCUGGGGGAAAAUUUCAAACCUCUCUUUUCCAGAAAUAAGUUCAGUUUUCACUUCCACGUUAAAGUGACACAAAUGGGAACGUGGGGAGAGAGCAGUGGUACGGUUUGUGCCUCUUCCCCCUACAAGCCCCUUUUUAUCCAGCAGCUCAGUUGUUAGUCCCCUGUGCAGCUAGAUUCUUUCCUGUGUACUCUGAAGGACUUCAAACUCAUUGCUUCUGAAGUACGGAUGUUUGAAUAUAGUCAGGCAGUACCUGACUGUUUAGUAAUGAACUUUUCUGCUUUUCAUGAAAUUCUUCAACACUCAUGAGGGAUUCCAGACUGCCAGCAUCACUGAACCUUCAGAGCAUGUUCCAGUCUGUGCUCAUCUGACUUCUUCAAGCAACAGCCCAUUGCCGUGGGUCAAAAAAAUUACUCUUUAAAGGGCAACUGCUUAUGUCUUUGGUAGUAACAAAUUUGCCUUUACUGUGAUUAUGUUUAUAAAAUGGAUGUAAAAAUUGCUUAGAA